AUGUGUCAAGUGCCAUCAGACUAGACUGUCCCAGGAGAACCUCAGAGGGUCCCACGCUAGACUGGCCAGCGUAAGAGGUUCAGGAAGCAAACACUCCACCAUGCUUCACGUAGAAGUGUUCUUAAAAUACGUGAAGACGUUCAGGUCACCAGACUCAGCACUGUAAAGUUUCCCGUUUUGUGUUCUUUUCUGCAAAAAUUGUGAGACUUAUAGAGCGUGGCCUUACCUCAUGAAAUGACUCAGUUGCCCCAGGAUGAGUUUGAGACGUGCCUGGAGAAGGCUGAAGCCUGGAUGAAAGAGAUCCACGAGAGGCUGAAGGAGAAUGACAACACGCAGGGCCCCAGAUCGGCCCUGGAAUCCCGCCUCCGGGAGACCGAGAAAAUCUGUGCCCUGGAGCCGGACGGGAAGCUCCUCCUGGAUCUGGUGCUGUCCAAAGCAGAGGCUCUCCUGGAUGACAGCAGCGAUGAUGAAAAGCAUGAGAUUCACGUGAAACUGGGGAAGUUAAAGUCCAUGUUUGAGGAAACCACCACCUACAUGAUGCACUGUCACAGCCGUAUUGAGUGGGUGUGGCUGCAUUGGAACGAGUAUCUCCGAGCGCGGGACGAAUUCGCCUCCUGGGUCCAUGACAUGACGCUGAGGCUGGAGCCGGAUAUGGAGAUGCAGCUGGGCCGGAAGGAGAAGUGUUGGCAGUUCGAACAGGCCCAGGUCCUCCUGAGAGACGUCAUCAACCAUUCCAAACUGCUGGACCGGCUGCUGGAGGAGGCUUCCUCGCUGUACAACCGCAUCGGUGACCCCAGCGUGGACGAGGCGGUACAGAGCGCCAUGGUGAGCGAGUACAAGCAGAUCAAGAAGAAAACUCAGGAGAGGACGAAGCAUCUGGAGAAGAUCUGGAGAGAUCAUGAAGCCUAUGAGAAGGAAGUCAACCUCUUCAAGUCCUGGCUGAACGGGGUCAUAGAGAAGUUGAAGUGCUGUAUCGGGUCAGCGUCAGAAUCCACAGAGACCAGACUGAACAUGCUGCAGGAAAUCGGGCAAGAUGUCGAGAUUGGCAAGAAACAGUUAGAAGUUCUGGAGGAGAAGUCGGCGGAAGUCAUUAAGGACACAUCACCCCUGGGUGCGGAAAAGAUUUCCAGAGAGCUGGAAGAGCUGCGCCGGACUUUGACCGAACUGAAGAUCAUGAAUGACGAAGAAGAAGAGGGAUUUCUGAAGACCUACAACUCAGAGAACGCCUUCUCCCAACUGGCCCAUCAACUGGAGGCCAACAUCAACGAGUUCAGGAAGGCCGUGCAGAGGCUGGAGGAGAGCCUGGAGUGCGGAGAGAAGGUGAAGAGUGAAGAGGAACUCAUAGCGCUUUGGAAAACACUCAACGUCACUAAGUCGGCCCUGGGGGGGUUAGAGGCCAAGGCGGAAAGAGUUAAAGUGCAGUUGAAGGACCUCUUCAAAUUCUCCAAGGACAUCCAACCUCUGUCUGACAGCGUCAUUGCAGCGAUGCGCGAGUACCAACGGGCAAAAAGCAAAGCGUUCAAGCUCAGCACCGACACAGAAUCUGAGCUGCGGCAAUUGUUCCAGAACCCUCUGCGGGAAUUCCUCUACUGGAAACCGAUCGCCGAGAGCGUCCUGGACUCCACCACUGUUGCAGCCAACAAUGGAUCUGGUAAUCCCGACGCCCUGGACCGCAUUGAGAAACUUCUGGAGGAGAGUAGCAUGAUUAAAGAAAGCCUGGCAUCCCUGGUGGUGAAGAAGGACGGUAUGCACAGCGUGCUGGGCGAUGACAGAACCAAACUGCUCCUGAGAGACGUCGCCGCAGCCGAGACGGAGAGAGAGGCGCUACACCACCAUCUUUUGGAGAGGAGGAGUCAACUGCAGAGUCUGGCCGCUCAGAGCGAGGAGUUUGAUUUGGCGUACAAGCUGCUACACCAGAAGCUGUCGGCGCUGCGAGUGAAAUUUGCCAAAGAAAACGAGAGGCAACCGGAUAUCAUCGGAAAAGAGGCACAGCUACAGAGGCUGCAGAUCCUCCUGGAUGAAUUGACAAAACUCCAUUCUCCGAUCAAAGAGUUAAACUCCAAGAUGGACGGAAGUCCGAAUCAUGCCCACCGAGCCAGCAAACUCCUGUCUGAUUACCUGACGUUACAGAGGAAUUUAGAGAACAACAUCCGGAAAACAAAGGAAUACAUCAACAGCCAUUGGAUGUUCAACAACGGCCUUCUGGAUCUGCAGCGCUGGAUGAUGGAGACCCGGCAGGAGCUGGAGGCCGGCAGAGACUGGGGGGAGGGGGAGGUGGAGGCAUUAUUGGAUGAGGUUUCAGAGAAGGAUGUACAGCGCCAUCAGGUGGAGGCUCAGGGUCAGCUGGUGAUCGAAUCCUCCUCUCCAGAGGGAGCCGCUCUCAUCCACACCGAGCUGACACAGCUCCAGGAAUCCUGGGAGUCACUCCGACAUCUCUAUGAGCAAUUAUCCAGAUCACUGAAAGAACGAGCGAAUCAGAGGAGGAGCCCGAGAACCUUCAUUGUCAACCAGACGUCUAAUUAUCUAACUGAUGAAGACCCAGACAGCCCGUCCCAGACUCCGGAGACCGAGGACCUCGGCGGCACCAAUCAGGACAUCUUCCCGAUCGGUGUACAGAAUGACGACGGCCAUAACAGUGAUGCCGGAGGACACCAUGGAGGAUCGUCAGGCUAUGGCACCUCCAUCUUUAUAUCCGGAAUCCCAGAGGAACUCCAUGAUAACUCCACCCAUAAUGAGCGGCCUGCAGGAUCGGGUCACAUGACUCACUCAGACAGAACUGACUCAAAAAUCGUUAGACCGCGUCCUACGAGGGACUCUGACAGUAGCGGUCGCUCAGGACCGGCACACACGACUUUUUCCAUCAGCACUGACUCAAAAAUCGUUAAACCGCGUCCUACGAGGGACUCGGACAGCAGCGGUCGCUCUGGACCGGCACACUCGGCUUUCUCUAUCAGCUCUGACAUCGACGGAUAUUCCAGCAGCUCUUCAUCCAAGACUGACAACAGCGAAACCAGUAGCAGACCCCAGACUGGGCAUACUGGGAAUCCUGGCAGCAAAAACAGCGAAUCCUUCAGAUAUAACAUUACAGAUAAUACCAGCUCCAGCCUUAGUUACUCAGAAGUGGACUCCGUACACAACAAAGGUUCAAGCAGAAUUGUGGGCCCGGCUCUUGGAUCCAGAUCUUCCGAUACGUCUACCAAGAUGCUAAAGAUCUCAACAGACAUGAAUAUAACCAAUGGGAAGUCCCGGUCAGAUAUAAGCAGCUUCUCUAGAAUUCCGCGUCCUACUGGUGCAUCCGGAACUCCUGAUAAGUCAGGCCAGUCUGCGAAAAUCUCAACAGAGAUGAGUGUAGCCAAUGGGAAGGCCAGCGCCAGCCAUGGACACGGAGGAGAACUGAACGUUACAUCAAGUUUCAUGAUAAGUCAGAACAAAACAAAAGGAAAUAGUAGCGCCAGCCAUGGACACGGAGAAGAGCUGAACGUUACAUCAAGUUUCAUGAAAAGUCCGAACAAAACAAAAGUAAAUAGCAGCGCCAGUGAUGGACGCGGAGAAGAGUCGAACUUUACAAAAUCAAGUUUCAUGAUAAGUCCGGACACAACGAAAGGAAAUAGCAGGAUAAACGCUGGAAACAGGCUGAAGGGAGGUGAGAGGAAUUCUCUGCAUACUCGGGGGACAUUGAGAGGGAAACAGAACGUUGUCUCUUUAGCGGAAUCUGUGGACGUUGUGGAUUUUUCUCCGCCACAAAGUAUAGGAGGGAACAAGACAGGUGAUGAUCACACAAAACUCUUGAUGGAUUUUGAGCGCUGGCUGAAGGCGGAGAACGCUAAACUGAAUCGGAUUUGUGUGGAGGAAUCGUCCGGCAACAAUGGAGAGAACACAAGGCAAAGCAGACUGCAGAUGUUGAAGUCUCGGGUCCAUCAGGGCCAGAAGCUAUUUGAAGGUCUCCUUCACUGCCGGCCGGGCAUGUCUGUGACAGAGGACCUCAGAUUCGAAGAUCUGCGAUAUCGCUGGAUGCUCUACAAAUCCAAACUCCGCGAUUCUGAGAACCACGCGAGCCUAAACCUGACCCAUGAGCCCAGGGAUGUCACCAAGAAAUCGGGAGGACUCUGCUCGUUCCUGCACCGCGUCUGUUGUGCUGCUCUACCGCUACAGCUCCUCCUUCUCCUCCUCCUCCUGCUGGCCUUCCUGCUCCCUCUAGUGCAUGAAAGUCAGAACUGCGCUCUGGCCAACAAUUAUGCACGCUCCUUCAACCUGAUGCUCAAGUACGACGGCCCGCCGCCCACAUAGAGACCCGUCGGCUCUCAUUUGGAAUAUACUGUGCCCCCUUUUCAUUUUAUUUUUUUUAUCUUUUCGCUAUGGCAGCUGUUCUUUCAUCUUGUAUAUAAUUGCUGAUUAACCCCUUCACUGCCUGGGCGGUGGCAGGGAGGGAGGGGUGGAGAUUCUCUGCAGUGACUGCAAGGUUUAUUUAAACCUGUAUAUAGCUGUGAUGUAUAUACAAAUAUGCAAUGCCUUUGUUUUAUAUUUUAUACUUUGUAAUGAUAUUUAUACUUUUUACACUAGGCACAUAUACGUUUUAUAACAGUGUAUCUUGUUUGUAUUCUCUGGCUUUGACAAUCACAUCGGACCGUGACAAACGAUUUGGGAUGUGUGGUAUUAAAGGAGAACUCUGACUUUACGACUAAAA